AUGGUUGAGUUCAUCCGAGAUUCGUCAUCGAGUUCUGACAGCGGAACACCUAGCAACGAAACACUGGCCUACCAUCAGUACGAUGCUAAUCUGACUGAUCUGGAAGAUGAUGAAGGGCCUUGGUGGGAGAAUAUGAUCCCGAAGGCAGAGGUGCCAGAGGCCUUUAGGGCAGAGCACGAACGGCGUGAAGGUUACAAGGGUCCACGGAAUGCAUUAGGUUCCGAUUUCUGGGAGAACGGCAAGCAGGCCACUCUCCGCAAAAUGGCGUUGGAUUGUGCUAAGUCGGGCUAUGUUCACAAGCUGAACCAGAUGCUGGCGGAGCAUGAUCCUGCAUUACUACUGCUUCCCUCAAGCAAUUCGCAGGUUGGGCCCCAGCUGACGCUUCUGGCCGCAGCCCAGGCCAGUGGAAAUCCGCAGGUGGUAGAGCUGGUGGAAGAGGCACCGCAAUAUCAGGGGCCCCUGACUGUCCUGAUCAUCCUGCCAGUGAAGGCAGCCACGAAUUUGCUGUUCACCCAGUUGCGAAUGCUUGGGAAUGGCUGGGGAGAAGGCAGCUCUGAUGGCAACUUUGUGAAACACUGCCUUCAAGCUGGAGCAGAUCCGAGUCGCCCCCAGGGAAGUCAUGGUUUGCGACCGCUGCAACACCUUUGUCAAUUGUCAAUGGAUGGUUUGAGUGCCAGCCACACCACCAAGCUGGUACAACGUCGCGUAGCCCAAGCAGCCCAUGAGCUGGCGCAAGCUGCACCGCUGGUGCUGAUCUUGGCCUUCGACAUGGAAGGAAGUGCCAUGAUUCCCCUGGAGGUAGCGGCAAAGAACGCGGAUUUCGGGGCUGAACUGGUGCCAGUCCUCUGUGGUGCCCUGGGGCGUCUCUUGCUGCAAAGCCCGGCCCUUGCUGCAGCUCCCUUGGUGCGGCAGGCUGUUUUGGAGGCCCAGCAGAGAUUUCCGAUGCAUCCGGACGUGGAGAAUUUGGCGACGUUGCUGCAGAAGGCACAGCCCUGUCUGGCUGGAGCCAUGGAGAACAGUGGGAAGCCCAUUUGGGAGCCCAACUGCGCCUAUGAAGCCUGGCAGCUGCGUCAGCGUCGCUUGGAGAUUCUGGAGCCGCUGCUGUCGCAAGUGAACCAGGCGGAUUCGGAGUGCCAAAAAGCUGAAGCGCUGCAAAAACUGGCAGAAGUGGAAGCGUUGCUGGAAAAGAGGAGACGUCAACAUUCAGCGCAAAUCGCUGAGUUGCAGAUGGCUCUUGACAAGGCGCAACGUGCUGCUGAAGAGGCGAGUGCUCGCGCCAAUGAAGCCGUGCGCUCCAACCAAAGCGCGAUGAAAGCCACGGCCCAGGGUUCUGCAUCCCGAGGAGCGGAUGGCACCUCCGCCUCAAGUCUUGAUUCACUGGAUGCCAUUCCGGACGGCAGCACUUCUCCCACGGAGUUGUUGCAAAGGAUCCGACAGCAACGAGGACUGGAUAUCGACUAUAGCGGACUGCCCAAAUCUGUGGAGCAGAGCGCUUUGGCCAUGCAGCGCAGCAUUGGUGCAGCAGUAGAGCGAUUGGCGGUGGAUUUGUAUGCCUCGAGGGGGCAUUUCCUGCUAGAACUCAUUCAGAAUGCUGAUGACAAUCGCUACACACCUGAAGAUGACCCCCAGUUAUCGCUGCAUUUGGAUCGCGCAGAGGAUGGUUCUCUUUUCUUCGCAUCUGUCAACAAUGAGUUGGGCAUGAACAGCAGAGAUGUCGAAGCACUUUGUGACAUCAACAGGUCUACCAAACCAGCACAGGAGGGCAAGAUCGGCAAAAAGGGUGUUGGCUGGAAAGCUGUAUUUGCAGUUAGUGACCAGCCAACGGUUCUCUCUGGACCCUUCCGUUUUUCCUUCGACGUACGUCGCCGUGGACGUCUUGGAUAUGUCACGCCAGAUGAAUUGAGUCUGGCCGACGUUCAAGCAUUGCCAAAACUGUUGCAAGAGGCAAGCGCUAACACAGUGCGGCCUGCGACAGUACUAUAUCUUCCACUUCGAGGGGGUCCUCCAACUGAAGAUGGAUCCGCGUGUCAUUCUGCCGGAGACGGAGGUGUGGGCGCUGCAGCGCUGAUCCAGAGCUCCAUGGAACGAUUGUUGAGGUGUCCUACCUGGCUACUUUUCCUGCGGCAAUUGCGUCGCGUGGCCUGGCAAGAUGCCAAAGAUUCAUCAAGGCCGCAGAAUGUCUCGGUGGAACGGAGGAACCAGUCCCUUUUCAAGCGAUCCUGGUCGAGCCAAGGUUCUGCAGAGACAGAGGAGAUCGCCUACUUUGUUCAUCGGAAAACAGCUGUUGUGCCCAGCGAUGUGCUACCCUUGGGCGUCGAAGAAGGGAGCCGUAAAGAGGAGGUGGUUGUGGCCUUUCGGAAGAGUGCCGUGGCCGCAAAGGCCGCAGAAAGCUCUUCAACUUCAGAUGCCGAUGCAGAUCCUGUGUUCUGCUUCUUACCAGUGCGGCCCGUGGGUUUCCGUUUCUCUCUCCAUGCUCCUUGGGCUUUGACCUCCAACCGUGAGGACUUCCACCUGGAGGAUCCUCGCAACGUGUGGCUUCGUGGGGUCGCAGCCGAGGCGUUGGCUGAAGCCAUUGGCGCCUUUGGUCGCGAUGGCAGGGAUGGCAGCGAUGGCAGCGAUGGCAGCAGCAAUUUAUUGACCUUGUUGGAUGGACGCCGUGUCCUGGAACCCUUCUGGCGUCGCUUGUUGGAGCAAGCCGUGAGUUAUUUGGGAGAUGCUCCAGUAGUACCUGUUGUGGGAGAGAGUUGGUGCCUCUAUCGGCCCUCGGAAGUGUUGGUGCCUCCUCAGGCAUUGGUGAGAUGUCCCGGUGCCAUGAAAGUCCUACAUGGUCUACCCGCUUCCAUGUGGCCUGUGGCCACGGGCAAACGAUUGGCACGCGUGGGUGGAGAGGGAAUCUCAGAGGAAGUGGCGGAGGAAGAUUCUAGAAGAUUGUUGUCCCUGGGAGCAGAAGCCUUGAACACUCGGAGGAUCAAGAGCCUUUUGAACUGCGGUCCUGUUGGAGAAGAAAUACGAAAAAGCUCCUCGGCUUUUGGUAGCAAGAUAGAAUUAUAG